AUGUCCUCUACCCAAAGAGACGAUGCCAAUCAUGUGGAAGACGGCAAACAGGAAGAUGUAGUGGUUUCCAUUGAAGCAGAAGAAAAAGAGGAGCAGUCGAAAGAAGACGUUCAAGAAGAAGAAGAAGAAGAAGAAGAAGAAGAAGAGACUAAGCUGCUUGAAAAUGGCCGAGAUACCUAUUUUCCAGAUCCCAGAUUGGAUGACGCCAGUCUGUUGGAAGUGAUUGCCUGGUGGAGCGAAUUUACCAGUAUCCACGGCGUCUAUUACAUGUUUGAACGAGGGCAUUUUUCAGAUUGGCUCUUGUAUGCUUGGUCGGCUCUGGUAGUGGCCUGUACUAUUUCCUUGAUUGCCACCUUGGUGGUCAUGAUCCAAGAAUACAAAGAAUUCAAAGUCAAUACUUCCCUGACUCCCGUCAUUCCAGCAUCGCUGCCAUUUCCACAAGUGACCGUGUGCAAUACCAACAUGUUCCAAACAUCCCUCAUGGAUGCCACUGGAAUUGAACAGCCAACCGACGAGGAAGAAUUUCACGCCAUUUCCCAACCACUCCAACAAUUUAUCCCGUAUGCCCUUUUCAAUGGAUUGCCCAUUCCCAUUGACGACUUGCAACUCAGCAACGAAACCAAUGCCACCAACACUACUGACCGGUGGACCCCCACCAUUACCGCCAAUGGGCGAUGUUUUACCUUUCAAACCAACAAGGAAGUUGUCAAACCGGGGUCUGGUGCGGGAUUGCGAUUCGGGGCAUGGCUCAAUCAGUCCAAUUACAUGGAUACCACCGUACAAGCCGGAUUGCUCGUGUUUGUCACGCAACCGGGCACGACCACCAUUAGCGAUCAAACACGACAAGUCCUGGUCCCACCGGGAGCAUCGGCAUUUCUCGGACUUAGUAGAUUGGACGAAGAACGCAUCACCGAAUGGCCCUGGCAAACCUGUGAGGGAACGACCACCACGGAUGUCUGUCGUACCAGUUGUCUCCAAGAAUUUUCUCGCGUGUUUUGUGGAUGUCGACAGUACGGGGAUCCCGACACGACCUUGCCGUAUUGCAAAAGUCAAGCUGACGAAAACAACAACAAUAAAGAGACCAAUGAAACACAGGAACUCUGUAUCCUUCAACAAUCCGGACUGGAAGAUGAGUUUUUAAAAGACAGUUGCGACUGUCCCGUCCCCUGUACCCAGCAACUGUACUCGGUCUCAUUUUCCUUUUCGCAACUCUCCCGGAAUUUUGCCCAACAACUCGCCCGCGAAUUCAAUUACACGGACGAUGCCAUUCCCAACAAUCUCGUCGAUGUCGUUGUCAAUAUGAAUACCAUUCGAUACGACUUGAUGGAAGAAUCCAAAGACAAAUCAUUCUCCAGUUUGAUUUCCGAUUUAGGGGGACAAAUGGGAUUCUUCAUGGGAAUCUCACUCAUUUCCAUUGUGGAACUUUUUGGAGAAUUGAUUGGGUUGAGAAUACUGCCACGGUUCUUUUGUGGGGAUCGACGAUUGUAUGGAGUGGGACAACGACGCGAUUACACGCAAAUGGGGGUUGUGAGGUAG